GUCGAGUACCAAUCAUUUCACAGCCACCGUUCAUACAUACAAAAUAAACAUGAUUGGUGCUAAAAUCUUAGUGGCAGUAGCUAUUGCAGUGGUAUCCCAGGUUCAAGCUAAGCCAUGCUUGCCUUGUGGUAUUCCAUUUCCUCCACCAUGUGCUCCAGCCGCCCCAGCUAUUAGCCCAGCUCUCCUGAGCUUGUUGCCACUCUUGCUCGCACCACCUGCUCCAGCACCACUUCCACUGCCUCUCCCUCUCCCAGCUCCUUGCGUUGCUCCAGCUCCACUCCCACUCCCGGCUCCAUGUGCCCCCGCUGCCCCCGCUAUUAGCCCAGCUCUUUUGAGCUUGUUGCCACUCUUGCUAGCACCAUCUGCUCCAGCUCCACGUGUUGCUCCUUUGCCAGUCGCUCUUCCGCCUCCAGCACUCAUUCCAGUACCACUCAGCCCUCUGCCAGUCCCAGCCCCAGCUCCAUGUGCUGCUCCAGCCCCACUUCCGCUCCCUCUACCUCUGCCAGCUCCAUGUGCAUCUGCUGCUCCUUCUCUUAGCCCAGCUCUUUUGAAACUUUUGUUGCCACUUUUGUUGCCAGCAAUCGCACCAGCACCUGCCCCACUCCCACUUCCAGUUCCAUGUGCUGCUCCAGCACCACUCCCACUCCCACUCCCUCUCCCAGCUCCAUGUGCUCCAGCUGCUCCUUCUCUUAGCCCAGCUCUUUUGAAACUUUUGUUGCCACUUUUGUUGCCAGCAAUCGCACCAGCACCUGCCCCACUCCCACUUCCAGUUCCAUGUGCUGCUCCAGCACCACUCCCACUCCCACUCCCUCUCCCAGCUCCAUGUGCUCCAGCUGCCCCAGCUAUUAGUCCAGCUCUUUUGAGCUUGUUGCCACUAUUGCUAGCACCAUCUGCUCCAGCGCCAUGUGCUGCUCCAGCACCACUUCCUCUCCCUCUUCCAUUACCAUGUGGUUGUUAAUUAAUACAACGAUUGUUAAACAGUAUAAAAUUAAUUGUUUAACUAAAAAAUAUAAAUGAUGAUUUAAAAAAUUUUACAAGA